GCUACAACCGUGCAAGGGAGGCGGGUCGAGUGAGCUGGCUGCUGCAUACCGGGGGGGCUUCCCAAAAAAACAAACAAAUAAGACUCAAAAGAGACAAUACACACAGGCGGAUGGACGAAGUGUAAGUUGUUUUUCCCUCGGGCCAAUCUCCCCGUUGUUGACUGGUCGCCGCGGUUGUUUGUUUAUCUAUCGAUUGAUUGCGUUUUAAUUACACGAGAAGAGGGGCGGAGAUUCGGGUAAGAGCGCGCGACUGUGCGGGUGAGUGUGUAUGUGUGUGCGCGCGCGGACGUGCGCGUUCUCGUGUACGAGCGCGCUUUUAAUUAACGAACCGGUGCAUUUCUUUUAUUUUCUUUUUUAACAAGCUAGCUUGUAACGAAUGUAUUGCGAAGCAAAUGUACGCCAAAUAGCUCCAAACCAAAUAUAACCACACAAUAAGACUUUUCCCCUCCAAAGUGUUAUUAUUAUCACCCUCUCGAAUGCUGUUUCCGUGUUGUCGUGUCUUUUAUUCAAGCUAAUAACCAAAGCUAACCCUCUUAGCACGCCAGCGACUGUUUUCACGCCUUUUUUUGUAAAUUUAACGUCACUGUAUUCACCUCCAGGGGCCUCCAUGUUGGCUUAUUUAAUCCAAAAAAAGAGCAGUCCUCGUCGUUUUAGCCCCAACUUUUCCUCUCGUCUAUCCGUCUGUGUAGCGUCGUAACAGGUUCUAUGCACAUUCAUCCUGGGUUAAGUCAAUAAAAGUGCCGAGGGAGGGCUUCAUGUGUACGCACCAAGCGGCGAGCCGUCCACGCCGAACCGCCUCCCGAACAAGUCGGACCGAGAGCGCCGAGACUCCGGCGAGGACCGAGCGCGCCCCGGUUCUUCCUCAUUCAAACCCAAAGAAAGAAGCCGAAGGCGGAGGAAGAUCAUGUUUGUCCCCUUGCCGGUGCCGUUCGUCUUUCAGAGAGCUGCCCCUGACCUCAGCGCCUGGCGUCUCAAGUCCCCCCUGGCUCUCCGCUCCAACUCCGAUAUCAGGAUGUCACGGCCAGCUGAGUUUGAGAAACUAGGGGCUGACUCGCCACUGGACAGCACAGAUUCGGAGCGUAAUGGUUCUGAAUCUAAUCACCAGGCUCAGUCAGUGAAGGUCAAUCCCUUUUCCCUUUCUCCGAGCCUGAGCAACAGCAAGACUAAGAUGGAAGAGUGUGGCGAGAUGUCCCCGGCAUUGCCGCCCUCCCACGGCCCGACCCCCUCCCAGACAGCACUGCAACACACGCAACUCAUGCUGACCGGCUCCCAGCUGGCAGGGCUCACCGCCCUGUUGCCGGCACAGCAGCAGCUCCUAUUGCAGCAGGCCCAGGCUCAGCUACUGGCCGCCGCCGUGCAGCAAUCCAGCGCCGCGCACGCCGCUCAUGCUGCCCAUGCCGCCGCCCAGGCCAAUCACCAAGCCCAGGCAGCAGCAGCGGCGGCAGCGGCCAAUCAGCAGGCUCACAAACAGCAGCAACAGCAGCAACAAACGCAGCAACAGGCGGGGCAAACAGGCCAGCAGGGUCAGGGGCAGAGCACACAGGAACACACUGCCCAAAGCGUCCCCGCCCCACCUCCUCCGCCCCAGCUUGCCCUCUCUCAGCCAAUCCAGCUCACCGCCCAGGACAUCCAGCAGUUGCUGCAGCUCCAGCAGCUGGUGUUGGUGCCCGGCCACUCACUCCCGUCGCCUGCGCAGUUCCUUCUCCCGCAAGCGCAGCAGGGCCAGCAAGGACUCCUAUCGACACCAAAUCUUAUUUCGCUACCUCAACCAAACCAAGGGAGCCUGCUGUCUGCUCAGAGUAGAAUGGUACUGCAAGCACAGCGAGACAAGAGCACGGAGAUCAGCAGUGCCGGCCUGACUUCAGUGCCCCCCGUGCCCUCUCACCCUGAGGAGCCCAGCGAUCUGGAGGAGUUGGAGCAGUUUGCCCGCACUUUCAAACAGAGACGCAUCAAACUGGGCUUCACGCAGGGAGACGUGGGCCUGGCCAUGGGGAAGCUGUACGGAAACGACUUUAGCCAGACCACCAUCUCUCGCUUUGAAGCCCUCAACUUGAGCUUUAAAAACAUGUGCAAGCUGAAGCCGCUGUUGGAAAAGUGGCUCAAUGAUGCAGAGACCAUGUCUAUAGACAGCACGCUCCCCAGCCCGAGCUCACUGUCCUCGCCCUCGCUGGGCUUUGAUGGCAUGCCCGGCCGCCGCAGGAAGAAGAGAACCAGCAUCGAGACCAAUGUACGCGUCGCCCUGGAGCGUGCUUUCUUGACGAACCAGAAGCCUACCUCAGAAGAGAUCCUACUGAUCGCCGAGCAGCUCAACAUGGAGAAGGAGGUGAUCCGGGUGUGGUUCUGCAACCGCCGGCAGAAGGAGAAGCGCAUCAACCCUAGCAGCUCUACCCCUCCCCUUCCCAGCCAGCCCGCCAGCGCCCCGCCCGCGCACAAACCCCCGUGCUACGGCCCCCACAUGAUGAACAGCCAGCUGUCACAAGCCGUGACCAGUAUCAGUAGCACAACGGCGACCACAGUGUCCCCUGUUUGCCCCCUGACCUCCAGUCUGGCUUCCAGCCUCACCUCCAGCUCCACCCCCUCUCCGGUCACCCCACCUCCCGCUCCUCCGCGCAGCACGGCCAGCCCGGCCACCCCCAGCCACAACGCACUUAAUCUAAACACCGGCAUGUGGCGUUUCGGCAAAAAGAACGGUGAGGUGUCAAGCUACAUCCCCGACUUCGCUGCAAACUUGAGGAACACUGUGAUGGGGGUUAACACAGGGAUGAGCCAAGCCCUCCUCGGUAACAAUCCCCUGGCUACCAUUCAAGCCCUAGCAACCAGUGGUGGCCAGCUGCCUCUUACCAGUCUUGAGGGCAGCGGCAAGAUGAUGCUUGGGGCACCGGGCGGGCGGGGCGGCGGCCUGGCGUCCUCCCUCUUCCUCAACCACCCCGCCCUCCUUCACAUGGGCCAAAGCCCGGGCGCCGGGCUCCUGAGCGCGGCGGCUGAGGCCUCGCGCCCCUCUCCUUUCGCCCCCUCGGCCAGCAGCGUCAGCCCCACCCUGUGCUCACCCUCUCCCUGCUCCAGCCCCGCCUCCUCCUGCUCAUCCAGUGAAAUGGCGCACAGCCCUAAGAUGGAGUGACGGCGGCGGGCGGCCAAUCAGAGAGGAGGAAGGAAGGAAGCAGGCAUCUCUGGCCUUUCACACCAAAGCUAGCUCUUCCUCUCUCUCUUGCGCUCUUUUUCUUCUUCUUCUGGAUCUCUCUGUCCUUCCCUCCAGCGCUUUCCGAUGCCAAAAAACCCACAGAAUGGAAGAGGAGGGAAGGAGAGAGCGAAAGAGGAGGGGAGAAGGGGGCAGGAAGGGGAAGACCGAAACCAAAAAUCUUUCUCGUCCCAAAGAGGGAUCUUUUAUUUUUUUGUCAGCAUCAGCAUGGCACCUCAAACCAAAAAUGACAAAAGAAGACCGAGGAGGACAAAAAAAGGAGGAUUUUUCUAUUUCUUUCGCGGGUCUGAAGAAGAGGAGUAGACGUUUGAAACCAAAAAUAUACCUAAGGAGGAGGCAGAGGAAGAACACACAAUGACAAAAAAAAAAUGACAACCAUACCAAAACCCCAAAUACCAAAAAAUACGGAGAGAAAAGCUUUAUUCAAAGGACAUGUAAAUACAUAGUGAAGCUAUCCAGGACCAGGACUCCACUGCUACACAAACAUUGUUUGUCCACCAUUUCAUGAAGCUGCAUUUACACUGUUUAAAAAAAAAAAAAAAAAAAUGUUCACUUAGGGUAAAAUAAUGGCAGCUGUAGUUACCAUUAAACACAGAGAAAAUUUUGAAUUACAUGUAAAAACGGUAUUGUGCUUCGGCAACCGUAAAUUCUUUGGUAUACUUUAAAACUCAAAAUUAUGAUAGAACGUAAAAUUGUUAAUUUUUUAAUACUGUGUGUAACCAGUCUUGAUAGUGGUAAUAACAUCAUAUUGCACAUUUUCUUGUUCUUCACCUUAUGCCAUUAUCUUGGAAGUCAAACGUGCUAACUAGUGAGCUAUUGCAGAUCAGUUGGAGCUGUGCUUGCAUGUAGAACUCAUCAAACUCAUCUUUGUUGUGGGUCACGUAUGUCUGCCAACAAUGGAAGCCAUGAUUAAUUGACUUAUCAAUAAGUAAUCGAUGAUCAAAUGAAUCCACAAGUAUUUUGAUAGCGAAUUUUGGGAGACAUUGUUGGCCUAAAUAUUGCCCAAAUCCCUAUUUUGGAGUUUCAUAAUGACAAAAAUGAUAUAUUUCCAUUUUUUUCGAUUAACGAACAAAAUAACUGAUAUUCUUUAUUUUGAUUUUGUUUGUUUGUUUGUUUGUUUGUUUUUAUAAUUUAAAAAAUAGAAAAAUUGUAUUGAUAUGACUGUCUGCCCUUUGGGGAAAUGUGUAUUUGAUUAUAAUUUUGACAUUUGUUUUGUAAUGCAUGCUUUUAUUUUGGCGCAGGAAGCGUAGAGCAGGUAGUACUUCCACAUGCGAGUAAGAGCGCAUGCAGGGGCGCUGGAAGUCACUCACAGCUGGGGGUGCUGCGGAUCUUAUUUUGUUCUUCCCCCAUUCCAAAAACGUCCGUUUCGGUCCAAAUUUGUCAUCCUCGCGCUUUUUCUCCAUAGGAGGCGUGCGCAAUGACAGUACACACUAGAGGCUUGCGAAACUUCCGAUUCUUAGAUUCUUCGCGAUUCGGCCGUGGAAGAUUUGAGAACGAUUUACAAACAUCCAAAUUCCGAUUAUUGAAUUAUACCAGGUAAAGCGGACAUAAAACACAGUCAGCGCGGUCUUCAGGACGCAAUGAGGAACGGACCGAGAGUAAAUAUCAUGUUCAACUCAUGCCGCUAGAUGAAAAAAAAACAAAAAAACAAUAAUACCUGACUGCGGCCGUAUUUUAUUUACUGUUUUUAACGGUUAACUUGAUACUGAAAUAGUAGUUUGUUUUGCCUGAGAGGAUUUUUGAACAAUUUUGGAACUAGUGUACAAAAAAUUAAAAGCGGAGGGGUUUGUGGUGCAUCUAUAAUCGAUUUAUAAUCGAAUCGGAGCCUCUGAAGGUGCCCAAAGAUUCCCCCCUCUAGUACACACGCAUUCUGGAUAGUUUACAUACCACUGCUCGGCUACUGCAAAGGCAGUGUUCUAUUUCACCUACUGUGGGUGUUGGAGUUUUUGUAUUGGAAAUAAAAGCGCCCAUGUAUUAUAAUGCAAAUCCCCACAGCUAGACGGCGCAAUGACACAAAACACAUUUGAAAACUAAAAGGUUGAAAAAGCCUCGGUUUAACACAGAGUCAAAAUGAAUUGCACACAAAUAUCCAACAGCGCUCUGCACAGUGGCAGCUCAACAGCAACAACAAACAAUAAUAUGACUGCAAUGCAAACAAUUCAAAGUUCUCCAAGGUCUAAAUCUGCUGCUAACUUUUCCUUGCUGAGCACUAUUAUAAACUAUCAUAAUCAUAUUCAUUUUUGACGUCGAAUUGAAUUUUAGAAAAUUUCACUUUUUGUAAAGAAAAAAAUUGCUAAUUCGUUUUUGGGCCAUGCUUCCUCUGUCAACGGUUAACUUUCCGUUUCAAUAACGCCUUAUUCAAUGUGACCCGAUAGCAAGCAAGUAGAGGCGUAGCAAGGGUCCCCGGGGGCCCCUGGCAACAAGCAACAUGGAGCCCUUCGAACGUGCGCAAGUAAGGGGGACAGUUGGACUUGGAGCAAUAGCAUAUUUAAUAAAAGUAUAAUAACGCCUCGGUCUCAUACAGCGCUUUUUAGGACACUCAAAGUGCCCGGCUUCUACUACAUUAGGACAUAAAACUACAGUAACAUAGUACACUCACCGCUGUCUUGCUUCCGUUUCUUCUCUUCUGAUUUUUUUUCUUUCUUUUGUCGCUUCCAGAAGGACAACUUCUCUUCAUUUUGGUUAUACGCCAGUUUAAAAAAAAAAGCCAAAUCGACGCUCACUCUCACUCUGA